AUGUUCAUUGGUGGGUUAAACUGGGAGACCACAGAUCAGUCUCUACGAGAUUACUUCUCGCAAUUUGGCGAGGUCCAGGAGUGUACUGUUAUGCGAGACAGCGCCACUGGCCGCUCUCGUGGUUUUGGCUUCCUCACUUUCCGGGAUCCUAAGACAGUCAACACGGUCAUGGUUAAGGAACAUUACUUGGAUGGCAAGAUUAUUGAUCCCAAGCGUGCUAUUCCGCGGGAUGAACAAGAGAAAACCAGCAAGAUCUUCGUCGGUGGCGUCAGCCAAGAGGCCACCGAGCAGGACUUCAAGCAGUUUUUCAUGCAAUUCGGUCGUGUCGUGGAUGCAACUCUUAUGAUUGAUAAGGACACGGGCCGUCCGCGUGGCUUCGGCUUCGUGACAUUCGACAGCGAAGCGGCCGUUGAAAACGCUCUUUCGAGACCCCUCGAAAUCUUAGGCAAGCCUAUUGAGGUUAAGAAGGCUCAACCCCGAGGUAACCUGCGGGAUGAAGAUCGAGGUCGUCGUGGCGGUGGUGGCCGGGACGGCUUCCGGGACAUGAAUCAAGGGGAUGCGUCCCAGCAACAGGGCGGACAACAGGGUAUGGCUGGUGGGAUGACUCCCCAGGUGAUGGCGCAGUACUGGCAACGAAUGCAGCAAUAUUUUGCCAUGAUGCAGCAGCAGAUGGCCAUGGCAUCAGGCCCGGGUCAAGCAAUGCCCGGCAUGGGCAUGCCCGGUAUGAAUCCUGCGAUGAUGCAGCAAAUGCAACAGAUGCAAAAGAUGCAAAUGCAGCAACAAAUGGGCAAUCAGCAAUCAGGUGGCAUGAGUCCUAACCCCGGUAGCCCGGGCUCUCAACAAAACAUGCAGAACGUGAUGAACCCGGCCAUGAUGCAGCAGAUGCAGAAUCAAGGCCAGGCUGGCAAUGGUGGUAAUGGAGGCGCCAGUCCCGGUCCCAACGCUGCGGGUUAUAGACAGCCUGGUGGGCCUGGGUAUAACGCGCAGGAGCAGAUUGCUUUCGAGCAGCAGAAAUACGAACAGCAGCAGCAAGCUCGCCGGGUCAUGGAGAACCGUGCUUUCUCGCCUUACCAGCAAGGUGGCCCAACCUCAUGGGAAGGAAUGUAUGAUGAAGUGCCUCAGCCAAAUAUCCCCACAGGUCCUCAGAGCAUGGCUCGAGGAGGCAGCAUGGGUCGUGGUCCGACGCCACAGCCGCAAAGUGCAGCUCCGGCCAACGCUCCCACCGGUCCUCGCAACGCCGGCAAGCCUGGGGCGAACUACCGUGGUGGUGGCCGUGGAGGACAUCGGGGCUUCCACCCUUAUUCUCGUUAG